UCAACAUCACCAUGGGUGCCGCGGCGUUAGAAGGAAAGGACACUAUAUUUUUGUGUUUAUUAUCGUUUGGCUUUGGCGUAUUUAUUGGUUACAAAUGGAAGUCUGCUAAAAUUAGAUAUCUACAGUGGAAAAGAGACAUUUUAAGAUCCAAGCUUAACGAGACCACGAACAAAAUCAAAGUUGAAACAGGGAGUGUAUAGUUUACAAUACAUCUACAAGUAAAGAAUAAUCUGUUUUCGAUAUGUCACAGCUGACUUCCUGUUUACCUAUCCCAUAAACCACUUCGGCAAUACACAUGGCUGCUUGCGAAAACAAAACUACUGUUGUACUGUCUUAGUUGUGGAACUGUUUAUAUUGUGAAGUUAUUUAAUUUCUAGAUCUAACAAUGGCAGGAUUUGACGAUUUAGGUCUGGAUGAGUGGCUUGGGAAACAAUGCGAGGCGAUGGGGAUUAGUAAACCUUCACCAAUUCAAAAGAAUUGCAUACCACCUAUCCUGGAGGGACAAAAUUGUGUGGGGUGUGCCAAAACUGGCAGUGGCAAAACAGCUGCUUUUGCUUUGCCAAUUUUACAAAAACUCUCAGAAGAUCGGUAUGGUCCAUACGCACUUGUUCUUACACCUACUCGUGAACUUGCCUUUCAGAUAGCUGAUCAAUUUAAAGUGUUGGGUAAAGAAAUAAACAUUAAUGUAACUGUCAUUACUGGUGGUAUGGACAUGGUUCGACAAGGUCAGGAUUUAACUGUUAAACCUCACAUAGUUGUUUCAACCCCUGGUCGCUUGGCUGAUCAUUAUGAAAGUUGUGAUACAUUUAGUUUGAAGAAAAUCAAAUUUUUAGUCCUGGAUGAAGCAGAUAGGUUACUUGAAGAUACUGGGUUUGCAGAACAGCUGGAGAUCAUUUUUAAGAAGUUGCCAGAAAAAAGACAAACACUUCUUUUUAGUGCAACUAUGACCCCAGCCAUUAGGCAACUUCAAGAAUCUUCUAAAGAGAAAGUGUUUUCUUGGUCUCAGUCUGCUGAUGUAAUGACUGUUGAUGAACUUGAUCAACGCUAUGUGCUAAUGAAUGCAGAUGUUAAGGAUGCUUAUCUCAUGCAUAUCCUAGAUACUUACACAACAGAACAUCCAAAAAGUUCAGUUAUCAUUUUUACAAGCACUUGUAAAUAUGCACAGAUUCUUGCAAUGAUGUGUGAGGAUCUAGGAUUUCCUUGUGUUUCUUUACACUCAAUGUUACCACAGAAAUUUCGUCUAUCUGGUCUGACAAAAUUUAAAUCCGAUCAAGUCAAAAUCUUGAUUGCAACUGAUGUUGCCAGUCGAGGUUUGGAUAUUCCAACUGUUGACCUGAUCAUUAAUCACAACGUACCUAAUCGUCCAAGAGAUUACGUUCAUCGUGUGGGUCGUACAGCUCGAGCAGGUCGUGGUGGCAUGGCUGUCACUCUCGUCACCCAGUUUGAUGUCCAUCUCACGAAAUCUAUUGAAUCCUACAUAAACACAAAGUUGACAGAACAUACAACUGAUGAGAAAGAAGUAAUGAAGCUUCUUACUGAAGUUGCUGUAUCUCGAAGAGAAGCAGAAAUACGUUUGGAUGAAAGAGACUUUGGUGAGAAAAGACAGAUUAAUAAAAGAAAAAAGCUUAUUUUAGAGGGAAGGGAUCCUGAAAAAGAAGAAGAGGAAAGGUUAGCAAAGAUUCUCAAACGUAAGGAUGGAAAAACAAAAGAACAGAAAGAUGCAGAGAAACAACAAAGAAAAGAAAAAUUCAAAAACAGAUUUUCUAAAAAGAAAAAUAUUGCUUGUGCUGUUACUGAUAAAUAGUUUUUGAAAACAGUUAUAAUUUGUAUGUUUGUUGGCUAUUUAAUCUGAAGAAGUUACCCAAUUGCAGCUUAAGCUAGGUUAUCAAGAGUGUGUACAAUAAAUAUUUUAAUUAUUGUGACUGAACGGGCACUACUAUUAGGUAUAAUUAAAAAGGGUAUAAAUGUAGUACAAGUAAAUAAGUGUUAUUUUCAUCACAAGAUUUGCUUUAUCCACUGUUGAUUAUUUUUUUCUGUUAAUUUUCUUAGAUCAUCAAAACAUUAUUAAAAUUUAAUUAAACAAACUUGAAUUGGACAAAAACAUCGUUUUAUUCAACAACUUGUGUAUGUUAAAUAAAAUACAUUUUAUUAAUAAAUUUACAUGAGAUAAUU